GAGUUCUCGAUACCUUCUUCGUUGCUCUCUACGUAGUUUGUUGGUUUGGUGGAUCUCAUCGACUCAUUAACACUCUUCUUCUUUAUGAUGGCGAAGUCUUCCUCUGCUGUUUCUACUCAACUGCUGCUUCUCCUGUGCUGUUCUCUUCUCUCUUUCGAGCUCGCCAUCGCCGCUGGCACUGCCGAUGGAUCUGAGAAUUGGGGUUACGUCGAAGUCCGACCGAAGGCGCGCAUGUUCUGGUGGCACUACCGGAGCCCGCAAAGAGUCGACGGUGGCUCCACUCCGUGGCCGACAGUGCUGUGGUUGCAGGGUGGACCCGGAGGCUCUGGUGUGGCGAUUGGCAAUUUCCAAGAGAUCGGGCCAUUGGACACGGAUUUGAAGCCUCGGAAUUCGACAUGGCUGCACAAGGCAGACCUUCUGUUUGUCGACAAUCCGGUAGGAACAGGAUUCAGCUAUGUGGAGGACGAGAGCCUCCUCGUGAAGACCGAUGUGGAGGCAGCAGUCGACUUGACUACCCUUCUCAAGAAGCUCUACGGCCAGAACAAGUCAUGGCAGAAGAGCCCACUCUUCAUCGUGGCAGAGUCUUAUGGAGGGAAGUUUGCGGCGACCGUCAGCUUGUCGAUCCACAAAGCCAUUAAAGCCGGCGAAUUGAAGCUCAAGCUUGGAGGUGUUGCUUUGGCUGAUAGCUGGAUGUCACCAGAAGAUUAUGUGUUCUCCUGGGGACCUCUGCUUCGAGAUGUCUCAAGGCUUGACGUUCGAGAUGCAGAGAAAUCAAACGUUAUUGCUGAAAGGAUCAGACAAGAGAUUAAGGAAGGUCGAAAUGUUGACGCGACGAACUCAUGGAGACAGCUGGAGGGCUUCAUCAGUUCUGCCAGUAAUGAUGUUGAUUUCUAUAAUUUCUUAUUGGAUACGGCGAGUGAUCCUCUGUUGAAGACGGAGGUCCAGGAAUCAAGGAAGCUGACAAUGGAGACAUAUGCAACAUAUCUGAGCUCCAAGGCUGCCACCUCCGCUGUUGAUACUUCAAGCUUCAUGAAUGGUGUCAUCAGAGAAAAGCUGAAGAUAAUUCCAAAAAGUGUGAGCUGGGGAGGACAGUCCGGUCUUGUGUUUGAUUCUCUUUCGAAUGAUUUCAUGAAGCCAAGAAUCAAGGAGGUUGAUGAGCUUCUUUCCCUGGGAAUCAAUGUCACCAUCUACAAUGGACAAGUUGAUCUGAUUUGUUCAACCAAGGGCACUGAGGCAUGGGUUCAGAAGCUGAAAUGGAAGGGGCUAAAGCAAUUCAACAGCAUGGAUAGAAAGCCUUUAUAUUGCCAUGGUGGGGAACAGAUCACCAAGGGUUUCCUCAAGUCUUAUCAGAACUUGCAUUUCUAUUGGAUCCUUGGAGCUGGACAUUUUGUACCGGUGGACCAGCCUUGCAUUUCACUGCAGAUGAUUGCUGCCAUCACCCACUCUCCUGCUGUUUCUUCCUAGAAGAUGAAAAAUGUUUGCUGGUUCACAUGGGAGGAGGAAUAAAGGAAGGAAUGCUAAUACAAAAACAGCAUCCAUGGCAAGCAGAAAGUUCCUAUCCAUUCCGUGGUGCAUCUUCAUUUCAUGUUGCUUUAGUGGAAGAAGGGGAAGCAAAAAGAGGAGCUGUUUGAAUCGAAUUGUCAAUCAAUGUUUUGGUGGGUCUGAGUCUGUACAUUUGGACGAAUACCAAAUGGAAAUAAAAUACAAUAAAUGUGGGAGG